AUGCACACAAGCAUCAGUGAGAUCCUGAAGGAGAAGACCCUGAAGCCGUCCCGUCGUAGCCUGCCCUGCCUGGCCCAGAGCCAAACCCAUCCACAGAACAUCAACCACUUCCUGUCUAUGCCCCUCACCCCCGACGACAAGCCCCAGACCCAACCUCUGACCCACAGUCACAGCACUUCCUGCACCCUCAUCUCCUCCAAGACAGAAGGUGUCAAGGACCACUACGAGGAGGAGGCAGAAGCUAGUACGUACGAGGCAGGAAGGACAGACGAGUCGUUUCUCAUUCAUAAACCUGCCACCCGAGCUAAAUUAGAGGCACGCGUAGAUUCGCUUCAGGGGACCAACCCUGGGCAGCCGUCCGGUCUGCUGUUCAGAGAUGGGAAGAAGCGUAUCGAUUACAUCCUGGUCUAUAAGAAGUCCAGUCCUCUGGUGGAAAAGAGAGUCACCUUUGAGAGGAAUCUGAGAGCUGAGGGGCUGAUGCUGGAGAAAGAGCCGUCUCUGACCAACACCGACAUCAUGUUUGUGAAGAUCCACGCUCCCUGGGACACUCUCUGUAAAUACGCUGAGCAGAUGAAUAUCAGGAUGCCAUUCAGAAAAAAAAGUUACUUUACAGAUUGGAAGAGCAAAACUAUGGGCAGCCGGUUUCAUCUGAGGUGUCGUCAGAUAAAGAGUUGGUUACCCAGGAACCCCAUGAAGCUGGACAAAGAGGCCUUACCUGACCUAGAGGAGACAGACUGCUAUACAGCCCCCUUCAGCAGGGCACGCAUGCACCAUUUUACCAUCAACAACAGACAUACGUUCUUCUCCAACUCUACCAGAAGCAGAAUAGUCCACCAUGUUCUCCAACGCACCAAGUAUGAGGACGGGAAGUCUAAGAUGGGUAUCAAUAGGUUACUGGGCAAUGGGACAUAUGAGGCUGCAUUUCCUCCGCACGAGGGUGGAUACAAGAGCAGACACCCUAUUAAGACCCACGGUGCCCAGAACCACAGACACCUGCUGUACGAGAGGUGGGCUCGAUGGGGCAUGUGGUACAAGUACCAGCCUCUCGACCUCAUCAGGCGUUACUUUGGGGAGAAGAUUGGGCUGUACUUUGCCUGGCUGGGUUGGUACACUGGCAUGCUGAUCCCGGCAGCUCUUGUGGGUCUCCUCGUUUUCCUCUACGGAUUUCUUACCAUGGACACCAGCCAAGUCAGUAAAGAGAUCUGUGAGGCCAACACUACUAUCAUGUGUCCUAUGUGUGAGGAGAACUGCAACACCUGGAAACUCAGUGACAGCUGUGUCUAUGCAAAGGUGACCCAUCUCUUUGACAAUGGAGGGACUGUGUUCUUUGCUAUCUUUAUGGCAAUAUGGGCCACGGUGUUCCUGGAGUUCUGGAAGAGGCGGAGGGCGGAGCUGACUUAUGACUGGGACCUCAUCGACUGGGAGGAGGAAGAGGAGAAUCUGCGGCCCCAGUUCGAAGCCAAGUACUCCCGAGUAGAGAGAGUAAACCCUAUCUCUGGCAAGCCGGAGCCCUUCCAGCCCUUCACUGACAAACUCAGCAGACUCAUGGUCUCUGUGUCUGGCAUCUUCUUCAUGAUGUCUCUGGUGCUGACUGCAGUGUUUGCUGUGGUGGUGUUCCGACUGAUUGCCAUGGAGAAGUUUGCAUCGUUCGACUGGGAGUUUGUCAAGAAGAACUGGCAGUUUGCCACCUCUGGCACCGGAGUCUGUAUCAACUUCAUGAUCAUCAUGUCUCUCAAUGUGGUAUAUGAAAAGGUGGCCUAUCUGCUCACAAAUUUAGAACACCCACGGACUGAGUCAGAGUGGGAAAACAGUUUUGCUCUCAAGAUGUUUCUCUUCCAGUUUGUUAACUUGAACAGCUCUACCUUCUACAUUGCAUUCUUCCUUGGAAGGUUCGCCGGCAGACCAGGGAAAUAUAAUAAACUGUUUAACAGAUGGAGACUGGAGGAGUGCCACCCCAGUGGCUGUCUGAUCGAUCUGUGUCUACAAAUGGGAGUCAUCAUGGUACUGAAACAGAUCUGGAACAACUUCAUGGAGCUGGGUUAUCCUCUGCUGCAGAACUGGUGGUCUCGGAGGAAGAUCAAGCAGACAGAGAGGGAAGAGAGAACACGAGGGGGACAGAAUGUGGAGAUCAAAGUACAGCUUCCUCAGUGGGACAUAGACUGGAACCUGCAGCCCAUGAACGCCCACGGACUGGUGGAUGAGUACCUGGAGAUGGUUCUCCAGUUUGGUUUCACCACGAUCUUUGUGGCUGCAUUCCCAUUGGCUCCUCUACUGGCUCUGCUCAACAACAUCAUCGAGAUACGACUGGACGCCUACAAGUUUGUCACCCAGUGGAGGAGACCCAUGCCUGCCAGAGCCACAGACAUUGGUAUCUGGUAUGGUAUCCUGGAGGGGAUCGGCGUGCUGGCGGUCAUCACCAACGCCUUCGUCAUCGCCAUCACCUCCGACUACAUCCCCCGCUUCGUCUACGCGUUCAGAUACGGACCCUGUGUGGACAAGGAGUACCACCACGAGAAUGAGUGUCUGCGAGGCUACAUGAACAGCAGUCUGUCGGUGUACGACAUGAGCGAACGCUUGAACGUGAGUGAGGAGAGUAGAUACUGCAGGUACAGAGACUACAGAGCCUCUCCCUGGAGCCCAGUACCAUACGACUUCACUCUGCAGUUCUGGCACGUCCUGGCUGCAAGACUAGCCUUUAUCAUCGUCUUCGAGCACCUGGUGUUUGGCAUCAAGUCGUUCAUCGCGUACCUGAUCCCAGACAUGCCCAAGAGUCUGUGUGACCGCAUGCGGCGGGAGAAGUACCUGAUGCAGGAGAUGAUGUAUGAAGCAGAACUGGAGCACCUGCAGAAGGAGAGGAAGAAGAACGGCAGGAGAUAUCACCACGAGUGGCCUUAGUGUUAGUCAUGUUACGUCCCCCUGUACUACAUACAGUACCUCGUCUGCACACCUAAAUCAUACACACACACACACACACACACACACACACACACACACACAUAACACUUAAUACACACACCAACACACACACACACACACAGAACACUUAAUACACACACCAACACACACACACACACACACACACACACACACACACACACACACACACACACACACACAGAACACUUAAUACAC